AUGGGUGGAUCAUCUUCAUUUCCAAUAAAUGUUGAGAAAAUUGGCCUUUUCGGGUGGCCCAGGAAAAAAGAUGAUUCCAAAGGCAGAACAAUUCUUAUUAAUAGCAUACCCAGUCAAGCCGAAGAAGCCUCUCGUAUUAAUAAGCACUUUUGCGACAACAGAGUCAUCACCUCUCAUUACACUUGGUGGAAUUUUUUUCCUGUGGACCUAUAUGAGCAAUUUCACAUCAUUGCAAACUUUUUUUUCCUUCUGGUUUCCAUUCUUUACUUCUUCGGGGAGACUCCGAUAAAUCCAUUAACAACGAUUGCGCCACUUGUGACCGUUAUUGGUGUCUCGAUGAUCAAGGAUGCUGUCGAUGAUAUGAAGCGCCACAAGACAGAUCGUGAGUUUAAUAGAACUCCCUACUUAGUCUUAGCCCACGAUCCAGAUGGACAAACCUCAAGAUGGGAGAAUCGGCAGUCGCAAAAACUUCGUUGUGGGGAUAUCAUAGUUUGCUUUGAAAAUAACUCUUUUCCUUGCGACAUGUUACUUCUUGCCUCCAGCCAUUCCAAUGGUAAAGUUUACAUUACAACAGAUAACCUUGAUGGCGAAUCCAGUGUGAAAACCACUAAUACCUUGUCUUUCACCCAGUCUGCUCUAGUAUCAGCAGUACAGCAUAUUGAACAAGAACAGUAUGAGGACAUUACAAUUAAUCUCCCACGCUCGACGAUAGUGUGUCAGAACCCCAACGACGACCUAAAGUCUUUUGAGGGCAGUCUCAACUACGAAGAGGAAUCGACUCCUCUCUCACUGAACAAUCUGGUUUUACGUGGAUCAAACCUUCGUCAUACAUCCUUCAUUCUUGGUGUCGCUGUAUAUACUGGAGCUGAUACCAAAUUAUCAUUAAAUGGCAAGCCCGGCUUUCGAAAAUUCUCCUCCUCUUCAGGAAGAUUCAACGCAAUCCUACUAGGUUUCAUGGUGUUUAUGUUCCUGAUAACCCUUCUUACAACCAUUUUGCACUUUGCUUGGAGACGUUUACCCCUUGGAUCAGCUUGGUAUAUCCUUAAUUCACCCAUAACUCCCUGGAGGAGGGUCGAGCAGUACCUCACCUUAUUGUUCAUCAUUAACUACCUCAUACCUAUCUCAAUCAUGGUGACUAUGGAGUUUCAACAAUUGUUACUGGCUCUAUUCAUCUCCAAGGACAUUGAAUUUUACGACCCGGAGACUAACGAAAAGGCACAAGUAAAUGCCACAAACCUUGCUGAUGAACUUGGACAAAUUGAGUUUCUGUUUAGUGACAAGACUGGGACACUGACACAAAAUAAGAUGAUAUUUAAGAGCUACAGUCUAGCCAACGAUCCCCAUAUCUACAACGUGGAAGAAGGUGGCUUAUUUAUGAUGCGAGAUGACAGUAAAACUGUCUCAAUUUCGGAAACGCAUAAAGAGGACUCCACCGCAUUACAGUCAGUCAACGCCACCAACUACUUCUCAUCUUCAGAAGAGGAUGAUACUGAUGAGUUAGGAGAUAGUAAUAUCUGGCAGCAUGGACUUCAGACGAAACAGCGCGUGUUCAAACUAUCAAAAGAGGCGAAACAAUUUUGGCUCAACGUCGUACUGUGCCAUUCUAUCGAGGCUAAGAUUAAGAUUGAUAAGGAGACUAACGAAGAAGUUAUCACCUACAAUGCAGCCUCCCCAGAUGAAAAGGCCCUUGUCGAUGCCGCAGCAAAAGUUGGUCUCAUCUACCUUGGAGUGGAUGAGACGGUAAAUAAAGCUGGAAAAGAGUACAAUAUUCGCCUGGUUCGCUUCAAUCCGGGCGUUCUAAACGAAAAACAAAGUAAUUUGAAGACUCGGCGCUACCGCAUGGACGCAGUCCUCGAAUUCAACUCUGUCCGUAAACGCAUGUCAGUGAUGAUACGAGAUGAAAAUGGUCGAUGCUUUGUCUACACGAAAGGUGCUGAAGUGGCGAUGUUAGAUCCCAGACGAUGUGGUAAGACUCCCUCUCACGUAAAAGAUGAAAUCAUUCGCAAAGUGACAGAAUUCGCGAUGUCUGGCUUGAGAAUCUUAGUUUUCAGCGUCCGUGAAGUGGACUCUUAUACAUACGAGUCCUUGUUGCAGCAAUUGAAGAAUGCCCAAUGCCAACUCGGUCCAGAGCGAGCACGAGCCAUCGAUGACGUUUCUGCUAAGAUUGAAUCCCAAAUGACGCUAAUAGGAGUUAGCGGUGUGGAAGAUAAACUCCAACCCGGAGUUAAGCGUUGCCUCCAAAGUCUCAUCUCGGCGGGCAUUCAAGUGUGGGUUCUCACAGGUGACAAAGAAGAGACAGCGGUUCAGAUCAGUCAGGCAACUGGUCACUUUCCCCCAGGGACAACCCUGAUUCGCCUAACAAAUGGGCAGAGUGUGGACGACGUAGGACGUGCGAUCUACGUUCAAUUGGAGGGUAUGAAAGCACGUCUGGAGGUGAAGAGAACACGGAAUAGGUUCAAAAACCUCUUUAAGAUGAAGAUGGGACAGCAAACAAAUGUGAGAGAGAAGAUGAGUGACAGUGACUCGGAUUCCUCCGUCUCAUCUCCUGACUCCACCGACAUUGAGUUUCCUCCGAAAAACAAUGCCACUUCCGUAUUUCACCGCGUCAUACACGGCUUUCGAGCCGCUUUGGCAGAUGGUCUUCGACGUCACAGACGGAAGAACCCCGGUGGAGCUAACGAACCCGUCGGUUUGGUUAUCGAUGGUACAACUCUACGCUACGCUAUCAUGGUGCUUCUGGAGACCUGGGUAUACCUUGGACUCAAUUUGGCUGACAGGCAACAGGUGAUGAAUAAGUUGCACUCGCCAUUGCUUUGUUAUUUAAUCACAUUGCAAGUAAUCGGCUCGCUAUUCAUUUUUAAGCCGGUGCUUCGAGAUCAAUUCCUGUGUCUCUGCAUGAACGUCACCACAGUGUUGUGCUGCCGCAUGACACCACUGCAGAAGGCUGCGGUCGUACGUCUGGUGAGCCAUGGUUUGGACGGUGUUGGUGGUGGUGGUCGUCCGGUUACGGCAGCCGUCGGGGAUGGUGGCAAUGACGUCGCUAUGCUUCUCGAGGCUAGUGUUGGUGUCGGUAUUUUUGGAAAUGAGGGGAGACAGGCCGUCAGAGCCUCGGAUUACGCCCUACCACUCUUCAGACACCUUCGACGUCUGAUUUUGGUUCACGGUCACUGGAAUUACUACCGUAUCAGCAUGACGGCGAAUAUCUUCUACUUCAAGAAUGUGGCUUUUGUAGCCAUUCAAAUUUACCGAAUGUUCUACGAUGGCUUCUCAGGUCAGUCCAUGUUCGAUAGCCUUCUCUACACCUUCUACAACCUCACCUUCACCUCGUUUGCGCCGUUCGUUUUUGGAAUCUUUGAGCAACAUGUUUCAUCCAAAGAUCUGAUGCAUCGUCCCUACCUUUAUCGUCUCAUGAAUCUAUCGGCAAACCUUCGCUGCUGGUACAUUCUUCUCUGGAUUGCUGACGGAUGGUGGCAUGGGACGGUCAUAUAUUACGUCUGUCAUUACGUCCUUGCCGGUGGAAUGAACUUCUCAGACGCUCAUUUUUUUCAGUCGGGGGUCUCCUAUGCUGGCGUUGAUUUCAACAUGUUCGGCAACGCCUGCUACAUUUACGUGGUAGUGACGGGAACAGUGCGCAUUGUUGUAAUGUCGAGAUACCUCAACCGGUUCAUCAUCAUCGGUCUCUUCGUCACCGGAGUUAUGAACCUCUCUAUCAUGUUCAUCUAUCAGACCUUCGGCGGGACAUCCACCUACAUGUACAUGAACUAUGUGUACCUGGCCUCCUGCCCUGCAUUCUGGUUGUGUCUGCCAUUGGUUUUGGCUCUCACCCUCCUCCCAGGCAUCCUUUGGCGUAUCAGUUCCGAUGCCUGGUGGGACUUUCAGAUCGCACUGAGCGGAGUGAAGCGGAUCCGCGAGAGACGAAAGCGCUACGCCUGGCAGAACUUCGUCACUCGGGUCAAUUCUGCUCCCUGA